CAUUAGGCCACAAAAGGGCAGGUGCCCCAUUUCUAUCCUCUUUUUACUUUCUAUUGAAAGAAUAAAAAAUAAUUGCCAAGAAUUUGUUGCCAUGAAUAUUAGCCAUAGAUAGUUUGUUUGAACAAACAGUGUGUAGUACAAAUUCUUUCCUUGUACUUCCUUUUGUAGUACAAGAAAAAGAGUGGUGGUGGAAGUUACCAAAGUUUCUCACCAUGCUGGUGAGCGUGUUGUUAUAAAUGAGCCAUCUUUUUGCAGCAUGUUGACAUGGGUCUUUGCUAAUUUCUGAAUUUGGAGACACACAUUUGAGGGUCUUGAAAAUCUCGAGCAUCUAAUCCUCUGGAAUAGUCUGACGCAAUUCCAUUUUUUGGGGGUUUGUGGUUUGCUUAUUUAGUUUGAAUUGAGAGUCUCCAUUUCGGGUCUGAUUGGCUGGUUGCUGUUAUUCUUUCUCUUAUUUUUUAGGUUUUAGCCAGGGAAGGCAGAGAAGAGGAUUCCGCCAAAGGCUAGAGAAAAGAAGUUAUAUCCAAUCAAUCAAAUAGGAAACAUGAAUGGGGAAGAGUUGAAGGAGAUUGAGAGAGUUGAGGGAGAGGACGUUGAAGAGAUUAGUAAUGAGCAGGAAGAUGUGAAGAGAAUUGCACCAUGGACAAAACAGAUAACAAUUCGAGGACUUGUUGCUAGCCUAGUUAUUGGCAUCAUAUACAGUGUAAUUGUCAUGAAGCUAAACCUCACAACUGGGCUAGUCCCCAACCUCAAUGUCUCGGCCGCUCUUCUUGCCUUUGUUUUUGUUAGAACAUGGACUCAGCUGCUUCAUAAGGCUGGAAUGGUUCCUACUCCUUUUACUCGACAAGAAAAUACUAUAAUUCAGACCUGUGCAGUUGCUUGCUAUAGCAUUGCUGUUGGAGGUGGUUUUGGAUCUUAUCUAUUGGGUUUAAACAGGAGAACAUAUGAGCAAGCCGGUCCUGAUACAGAGGGGAACAAUCCUUUGAGUAUCAAGGAACCUGGGAUUGGCUGGAUGACUGGUUUCCUUUUUGUUAGCAGCUUUGUUGGGCUUCUGGCUUUGGUUCCUCUCAGAAAAAUCAUGAUAAUAGACUACAAGCUAACUUAUCCCAGUGGAACUGCAACAGCCAUUCUGAUAAAUGGGUUUCAUACUCCUAGAGGAGAUAAGAUGGCUAAGAAGCAGGUUCUUGCGUUUAUGAAAUUCUUUUCCUUCAGUUUCCUGUGGGCUUUCUUCCAGUGGUUCUAUUCUGGUGGAGUUGCAUGUGGGUUCGCUCAGUUUCCUACAUUUGGCUUGCUAGCAUGGAAAAAUUCGUGAGUACACUAAAAAUUUCUAGGCAUU